AUGUUUGAUACAUUGGUGACAAUACUUGAAGUGACCAUUAUUUAUUAUGCAAAUUAUAUCGAAAGUCGUCAUAGUAUAGCAUAUGUGCUUGUACCAUUAUCAUCUGAGACUGCAAUGCGCUUGGGUUUAAAAUCUAAUAAGAGUGAAAUAUUCAUCCCGUGUACUAAUUGUUUUUUCAAAUUUGAUCGAUCUAAUGAUCGAUUAAUACAAUAUUAUAAUCGGCCAGCAUUUGGUGAAACUGCGGUGCCCUGCGGAUGCUUUGAAUAUGUGAAAGAAGUUUUCACAAACCUUAAAAAACCGGCUCUAAUAACAGUGUCACAAAAUAUUAUCAUAAUCAACACUGACGUAUAUUAUGGGGUGAUGAGAACGGAUCGAUGUCGCUUGGAUUCAAUGAAAUCAACGCGAACAGUUAAUGGCUUGCAGCUAGCUUUGUUGAUGAAAUGUUCGUGA